GCUAGAGGAGGAGCUGUCGAUCAAGAACUAGUGGACCAAUAGGGAUGCAAAACGCCCCCUGAUUUACAUGAAACUCAACUCACAAGCUUUCGAAAGCCAAGCGCAGAACUUGGAAACAAAAGCAAAGAAAAAUACAGCGCAAGCUUACAAAAAAUUGAAAUUUGAUCCAAAUGGUCAGAGCACAAAAAACAGCAAUAUAACCAAGGACAACAGAAUUUGUUUGCAAUUCUGAUGAAUUUGCAGCAUAUUUUAAAUGUUUAUAUAUUUUUUUGAUUCAUGUUUGUUAUUUUUUGAUCUGGGCUUAUUAUUUUGUUCUGCACUUUUUAUUUAUUUUUGCACUUAUUAUUUUUUAACUGCACUUAUUAUUUUUUGAUUCAUGCUUAUUAUUUCGAUUCUCGCAUAUUAUUUUUGGAUCCGUGACCGCAGUACUUUUGAUGGGAUUUUGAUCCCAUAUUAUGAGUGCCUUCUUGGUAGUAUACCAAAAGCUUCCCAAACUUUAAAGGAAUAUUUAUUUAACAUAUUUAUUAUAGGCCUAAAUGUAAAUGCUCAUCCAAUUCUGUUCCAAAUGCCCCAGAAAUUUGUUAUGAUUCUGCGAUAACUUUCAUAGUUGCUCUUGAGAGGUUUUUGACAAUGUCCAUUAAUCAUUCUGUGUCUGUGUUGGCAGGAUGGUAGUCUACAUAUCUAUAACAUAACUCAACAAGAUUUCUUUUAACCCAUAAACUGUGCAUACUAUGUAGUGUACUAGAAUCUUCUUGGACAGACUUUUUUUAAACUGCUUUGAGUAAAAUCUCACGUGAGUUUGAACCUAAAACCUCAUUGCCCCUCCUCUCCAACCCCUCUCUUCUCUUUCUACCUGUCUCUGGCUGGACACGUCAGUCACAUAACAGGUAAUGUUACUGUCUUCUGUUUCAUUCCAUACAAGCACUGAAAACAGCAUCUUUGGUGUCUUCUUCUCUGCCAGUCUUCCUCUUUCACUGUCUGUUAGCCUCUAUCGUCUUCAGUAUGAACUUCCUUCGUGUCUUAGCACACUGUCACAGCAUUGCAAUUGUUUUUUUGUUUUUUUUGUCAGAAUGCCUUGUUAUUCUGUUUCUAGGUUUCCUUCCCCUAUCCAAAAACUCAUCUGCAAAUGAGUUGGGUGAGAAAAAAGGUUAAAGAGCCCUUCACUGGUGCAAGAUGAACCUAUCCCAAGACGAGGAAGAUUUCAGAAAAGAGAAAGUUUCGCCCUGGUUAAGGGGGCAGUGCUCCUGCUGGAAGAGAGAGAGAGGGAGGGAUUACGAGAAGAAACCAUACGCCCUCGAGCCUCUGACACUCAACGCAGACAUUUGAAUGCAAUGAUUUCAUUACUACGACCAGAGGACAUAGUCAAACUGGCUGUGCGUUUGGAGUCGGUGAGCCCAAUUAGACUGAGAUAUUUGCUCAUAGUUGGCACCCUUAAUGAAAAACAGGAGAGUCUACUACUUGGCAUGGACUUCUGUGACUCUAACAGUGAUGAAUGCACCAUUGGCCUUGUCUUGCCGAUAUGGAGUGACACACAGGUUUACCUAGAUGGAGAUGGAGGUUUCAGUGUUACAUCAGCAGAAAUGACACGAAUCUUCAAGCCUGUGUCCAUUCAGACGAUGUGGUCAGUGUUGCAGGCGCUGCAUGGUUGCUGUGAGCGUGCUCUGCGUGGUGCUGUCAUUCCUGGAUGUGGGCUGGAGUGGGCACAACAUUACAGAGUGCAUGUGGAAUCUGACCAGCACUGCCUUAAUGAAUGGGGGGCCAUGACUGGCCUGGAGUCAGUCAGAAAGCACACUGGAGGAAGUUCAUCAUCUGAUCGGCAGUCAGUUGAGAGGGAGAUCAAAGCACAGCUGCGGGAUAUCAUGAGGACUGAGGACUUGGAAAACAUUACCUCAAAGCAGGUGCGAACAGCCAUGGAGUCCAGAAUAGGCAUAGACAUGAAGGACUAUAAAGAGUACAUUGACAAUGAAAUGAUGGUCACAAUGGCACAGAUGGACAAACCCUCAAGAAUAUUGGACUACCUUUAUUUGGGUUCCGAAUGGAAUGCAGCCAACUUUGAAGAACUACAAAAGAACAAUGUGGGCUACAUCCUCAAUGUUACCAUGGAGAUUGACAACUUUUUCCCACAAUCCUUCACCUAUAUGAAUAUAAGAGUUUAUGAUGUGGAUUCGACGGAUUUACUCUCACACUGGAACAACACAUACAUGUUCAUCAAUGAAGCAAGGAAGAGUGGACAGGCCGUACUGGUGCAUUGUAAGAUGGGCGUCUCUCGCUCUGCCUCCACAGUAAUCGCUUUUGUGAUGAAGCAGCAAGGUUGGACUUUAGAACAAGCCCUUAACCACGUCAGAGAACGACGGCAUAUAGUGCAGCCCAACGAAGGGUUCCUCAAACAGCUGCAAACAUAUAGUGGCAUCCUCAGUGCCAGUAAACAGCGCCACAGUGACCUCUGGAGGAAGAAGUCCAAACCAGAGGUCCGUCAGCCAUCUGUCCACAACACACCAGCCACAGAGAGUGGGCAUGAGCAGAAAGAGGAAGAAGAGGAAGAUUCAGAGAGCCCAGAAGAAGAAGAAAGCAGCGAGGAGGAGGAGGGAACCGAUGUCUUUGAUGAGCAGCUGGAUGAGAGUAUUCCUGACAUGCCUGCCGGAGAAACAGUCAUAUCUAACCCAUUUAUUGCUGAACAAGAAAGUGAUAAGGUGUCUUCAAGCCCCAGCAGAAGUGGUAGGAUGGAUCUGUUUUCUCUUAUGCAGUCUAUACAGCUUGACGAUGAGGACAGAGGGAUCGAUAAAGAGAGGCAUUCUCGUGCACAACGAAGGCGGAGUCACGGACUGAGGUGGCUGACGUAUCAAAAAACACAUGUAGAUGUUUCACCUGAACCAAGCAGCAGACAGACACAGAACAAAAACCAGGAUGAAGCGGGUCUCUGAAGCUCUUAUAGGUAUAGUUCACCCAAAAACCAUUUACUCACCCUCAUGUUGUUCCGAACUUUCUUUCUUCUAUGGAAUGCAAAAGGAGAUGCAGUAUUAGGCACUUUGUUUCUGUUCACUUCGACUGCAUCUCUUUUCCAUACAAUGAAAGUGAAAGGUGACUGAGACUGCCAUUGUGCCCUUUCGUGCCCUUUUCCACGGAAAGAGGAAAGUCAUACAGGUUUGGAACAACAUGAGGGUAAGUAAAUGAUGGCAUGAUGUUAUUUUUUGGGUGAACAAUCUCUUUAAGAAAGAGUCAUGUUAAAGGGAUAGUUCACCCACAAAUAAAUGUUCUCUCAUUAUUUAUUCACCUUCAUGAUAUCCCAGGUGUGCAUGACUUUCUUUCUUCAGCAGAAAACAUUUGAAGAAAAAUAUCUCAGCUCAGUAGGUCCUUAAAAUGCAAGUGAAUGGUGAUCCAAAAAUCACAGACACUCACCAUAAAUGUUAUCCAUAAGACACCAGCUGUUAAAUUAGUGUCCUCUAAAGCUUUUGGCAUCUUUCUAAAGCUUUUGGUGUGAAAAAGAUAAAUACAAGUACUUUUUUAACUCUAAAUCAUGCUUAACAGAACCAAAGAUUUUGGUUUAAAUUCUUCAAUAUUGAUCUUUUUUUCUCACCAUAAGCGAUCAUAUCGCUUUAGAAGACAUUAAUUAAAUUGCUAGAGUCUUAUCAAUGACGUUUAUGCUGACUGUGAUUUAUGGAGCUUCAAAAACCAGAUCACCAUUCACUUUGCAUUUUAAGGACCUACUGAGCCAAGAUAUUUUCAAGUUAAAAUUUUUGUUAUAUUAUUAAAUUUCUUCAAAUGUGUUUUGGUGAAGAAAACAAGUCAUACACAUAGGAUAUCAUGAGGGUGAGAAAAUAAUGAGAGAAUUUUAGUUUUGGGGUGAACUGUCCCUUUAAAUAAUAUGGAGGGAGCGGAAGAGGGUGAAAUAGGGAAAGAAAAUAUAGGACACUCUUGCACACAAACCUCAUUCCUCUAUAUCACCCCAAGGGUCAUACCAUGGUAAAAAUGAGGGAAAUCUACACAGUGAAAAUACAUAUCAGUUCAACAAGCAAUGGAUAUAUCUCAUUAUAUUCACUCACCUGUCCAUCUACCCCAAAACUCAUAAACUGGUCAGUUUCAGGUGGAUUAUUAUUAAAAAAUAACCUCAAAGGCUGGUUUCUUUCAGCCAACCAUUGUCAAGUGAUUAUUAAAAACUGUUGUGCCUUUUGGAAUCUCAUUUGCACCUUCAUGCUGAGCCAUAUAAUUCAGUUUAUUUCACACAUUUUGUUAUGGUAUUACAAGGGAGGUAGAAAAUUCCUUAGCUGUUUUCUCUCAUGUCAUUCCACAUUAAACAUGAGAUAUUCCUUUCUCUUAUAGCAUUAGUUUUGUGUUAUUCUCAAUAAAUAAGUGACUAAUGUGUGUGAUCUCCCCAUUCCUGGUGAUAUUACUCAUUUUGGGAGUCCUAUGCAAUAAUCUACUCAUCUUUAUAGCUGUUUCCUCUACACAAAUGUGAAGCUUUAUGCUGGUGAUUUAAGGUAUGGUAAGUGUUUUCAAUAAAGCAAUCAAGGAUUAAACAUUGACCUCUAAAAUUUUGAGCUUCUUAAACAUAUUUUUAAAAUUAGACAAUGUUGUCUAAAAUGUUAUACAUUUAACCUGUACAAAAUACAGGAGAUGUGCCACAAUUGUUAUGUGACUCACUGCAAGCAGUCUCUGCAGGCUUAGGUAAUCAUUCUGCAUGCCACACUUCUGGUGCUUAAGUGCCUUUGAUUUAGAGAGGUGGACCAAAAUAAUAUUCUUUUAAAAUACUUGCAGUUCUAACACAGCUAACUCCAACAUGUUUCUUUGGUUAAAUGGGUUGUCGAUUUGUUUUCUUGUAAGCACCUGUGCAUGAUGUCCUAUUUAAGUAUUGUACUGUAUGUAAGAGUGUCUUUGUAAAGCAUGUGUCCUGAGAAUAUGUAUAAUGAAUAUACAAUAUCUGCUGUAAAACACAUUUGUUAAAAUGUUUAAACUGUCCUCGCACAAAGUGCCAUUUUUGUGAAAUCAAAGUUAUGUUGUGGAAUGUUCUUAAUAUCAAUGCACCACUGGUUUGCAGGUAUUUCCCAUGAGAACAAAUGAAACCUACAUAAUGUGUAUUAGUGAUAAUGACUGAUGGAGCCCCACAGCCUGCAAAGUGCUGAUUUUCUUUAUGUAUCAAAUGGAUUUUAUUCUGAUGUUUCUCCCAUUUCCAUUUUUUGGUAUCAGAUGCCAUUAAAUAUCAUGGUUUCUGUUUUUCUAUUUAUGACUGAUCUGAACAUGUAUCUUUUUAAUUUGACAUACAAGGUUGCCUGUGCUUUAAAAAUAAAAAAAUGAAAUUAUAAUGGGUGAUUUGAGAGAUGUCUAAUGAACAGUCUCAUUCAUGCACAGAGUUUGCUCAUUAUAACAAAUAAUGCCAGUGUAAAAUAACUGGUGUUUUACAGGUUCAUUAUUAGUUGUUUUGCCAGAUGAACAAGGCAAAUAUUGUAUCAUCAUUAAUCGAAUUAAAUCC